AUAGAAAAAAGUAAAUAUUUAAUUUUACCAACUGAGCAAUAAAAACUAGUCAUAAUUCAUAUGGAAGCGACCGCAAGUUCCAAGUUUAGCGAUGUGGACGAGUACGGAUUUAAGCGUGGUGAAAAGUUCGAUUACCAGUUCUAUGGGAAGUUUAUGGAUGGUUAUUUAAAGAUAUUGACGCGCCGGAGAAUUAAAUGGGAGAAUUUACUUCAGCAGAAUCCGGAUUUCAGGCUGAUAAGUCCGAAAUUAAAGCGAUAUAUACGCAAGGGUAUACCAGGUCCAUAUCGCGCGGAUGUUUGGAUGAAAAUUAGUGGUGCCGAUGAGGCAAAGCAACGAAAUCCUAACCUUUAUCGUAGUUUAUUAAAUAUCGAGCAUUUCAACAAGGAAAUCUGCGAUUCCAUAUCAAUCGAUCUACCUCGAACGUUUCCCGACAAUAUCCACUUCGAUGCCAAGAAGGAGCGCCUCUUUAACAUACUCUGCGCCUAUGCGCAUCAUAAUCGAGAUGUUGGCUAUUGCCAGGGUCUCAACUAUAUAGCCGGCCUGCUGCUCAUUGUCACCGAUGACGAGGAGAAGUCUUUCUGGCUACUGAAGCAUAUCGUUGAGAAUAUUGUGCCGCAGUAUCACUCACAUAAUAUGGCCAAUCUGUUGCGAGACUUGGCUGUGUUUAGGGAGCUGGUCAUACGGCGUGUGCCGGCUGUUAACCGGCACGUGGAAGACAUGAAUUUACCCUAUGCGGUGAUAGCAAGCAAAUGGUUCAUUUGCAUAUUUGCCGAAGUUUUGCCCGUGGAAACUGUGCUGCGAAUAUGGGAUUGUGUUUUUGCAGAAGGUUAUAAGAUUGUAUUUCGCGCAGCUUUGGCCAUGUUCAUUACACAUAAAAAUGAUAUAUUGCGCUGUGACGAUAUUGCGGCACUAGCCACCAUGUUUCGCGACCAUAUGAUACAGGAUAACAUAGUCACCGACUGCCAUAGCUUUGUAGAAGCCAUGUUUUCCUUGCGUUUGAAACGCAAUGAGGUUGAAAGCUUGCGCAAAAUAGCUGUGCUAAAUGGAAACUAAGCAGUUAAUCAAAAUAGAACAAAAAGUAA